AUGGCGGCGAGGAUGGUCUACUCGGUGACACGGCCUCGGAUGGCGGCGAGAAUGGUCAGCUUGGCGACGGCGGCAAGGAGCGCACAGAUGGAGGUGGCCUCAAGGGCCGAUGCGGCCUUCGACCUCCGCCCACGACGGCAGUUCGAGCCGGUUGGCACAGACCCGGAGCAUGCCGGCCAGGUACUUGUGAUAGCUAAAUUAGAAGUUAACCAUAUCCAUUUCGAGAGUAGCAGGAGCACCGGAGCAGCUGAGCAGGCAGCGCAGCCGAUGCAACUCAGCUUCUUCAGCUUGGUCUUGUGCUCUGCAGAGACACCAAGAGAUCGACCAACAAUGCCGGACGUUUACGCAGAAGUCUCUGCAAUCAAACGAGAAUAUGCAGUGCUGCGCAUCAAUAAUAGGACACUUUUGUUUUUGUUUGCCGGUAUUUCUGGUGAUCUUUCUCGAAACAACAUGAGCGGUGAAAUCCCAAACUUUUUCCAGUCCUUCAAUUCUCUGAAGCAUCUCAACUUGUCCUUCAACGACCUCGAGGGUCAAAUGCCACAAGGGGGGAUAUUUCAAAAUUCUAGUGAGAUGUCUGUCCAAGGGAACAUAUUUAUUCUCUUGAAGAGGAGGAGUAAGAGAUCUAAACAGUCAGAUCAUCCAUCAUACACGGAGAUGAAGAGCUUCUCAUAUGCUGAUUUAGCCAAAGCGACAAAUGGUUUCUCUCCAGACAACUUGGUUGGCUCAGGGGCAUACGGAUCAGUAUACAAGGGUGUACUUGAGUCUGAAACAAAUGGGAUGAUUGCUGUCAAAGUUUUCAAGCUUGACCAACUUGGAGCACCAAAAAGCUUUGUUGCCGAGUGUGAGGCCUUCAGAAACACUCGUCAUCAUAAUCUUGUAAGGGUGAUUUCUGCAUGCUCAACAUGGGACAACAAAGGGAACGAUUUCAAGGCUCUUAUUAUUGAAUACAUGGCUAACGGCACCCUAGAGAGCUGGAUUUAUUCAGAAACAAGAAGACCGUUGAGUUUGGGCUCCAGAGUAACAAUAGCAGUGGACAUAGCUGCUGCAUUGGAUUAUUUACAUAACAGUUGUGUGCCCCCUAUAGUCCACUGUGAUUUGAAGCCUAGCAAUGUGCUUUUAGAUGAUGCCAUGGGUGCCCGUCUCAGUGACUUUGGGUUAGCUAAGUUCCUUCAAAGUCAUAACUCUUCCAGUACUAUUACUUCUACGAGCUUAGCAGGGCCAAGAGGAUCAAUUGGAUACAUUGCACCAGAGUAUGGCAUCGGGAACAAGAUCUCAACGGCGGGUGAUGUGUAUAGCUAUGGAAUUAUCAUCCUAGAAAUGCUCACGGGGAAACGCCCAACAGAUGUGUUGUUCAAUAAUGGCCUGAGCCUUCAGAAAUUUGUGGGAAAUGCAUUCCCCGAAAAGAUCCGUGAGAUACUUGAUCCUAAUUUCAACAUCCCGAGUUUAGGAGACGAAGGUGUGGACCAUGGAAACCAUGCAAUGGUGGGGAUGCUGAGCUGCAUUAUGCAGCUUGUUCAGCUUGGUCUCUCAUGCUCCACGGAGACACCAAAAGAUCGACCGACAAUGCCGGAAGUUUAUGCAGAAGUCUCCGCAAUCAAACGAGAAUAUUCAGCGUUGCGUGUCAAGGAAUAGGACACUUUUGUUUUGUUCGUUUGUAUGUUACAAGU